UUCUCUUCCAUUUACUUCUUCCUUCCUUUUGCAGUUUUGCUCCUCCUAGUUUCUGGCUUUCAGUCUUUUGAGCCAAGUCCAAUGCAAGAUUUCUGUGUGGCCGAUCCUGCUAGCCUAGACAGGGUAAACGGCUUAGCUUGCAAAGAUCCCAAGUCAGUUCAAGCAGAGGACUUUUUCUUCAGUGGGCUGCAUUUGGCUGGCUACACAACAAAUGCUGUUGGUUCUAAGGUCACUCCUGUCAAUGUAGCUCAAGUACCAGGACUGAACACUCUUGGUAUUUCAUUGGUUCGCGUCGACUAUGCACCAUGGGGAAUCAACCCUCCUCACACUCACCCUAGAGCUACUGAGAUACUCACUGUCCUUGAAGGUUCUCUUCAAGUUGGUUUUGUAACCUCAAACCCCGAAAAUCGUCUUAUUACUAAGGUACUUAAAAAAGGCGAUGUGUUUGUAUUUCCUAUUGGACUUGUUCACUACCAACGCAAUGUUGGAAAGGGAAAUGCUGUUGCAAUUGCAGCAUUGAGUAGUCAGAAUCCUGGUGUUAUAACCAUUGCUAAUGCAGUUUUCGGAUCGGAUCCAGCUAUAGCAACAGAUAUUCUUGCCAAGGCUUUUCAAGUGGAUGAAAGCAUAGUUGCUCUGAUGCAAUCAAAAUUUUAA